AUGAGCAGUCUUGGAAAGAAUUGGAAGUAUAUUAACGAAGGAAAUGUCCACAUUGUCCUGCAUAUAUUAAACAGCGACUGCGUUAUUCGUCUCAUUAAAGAGGAUGACCGGAGUCAUACAGAUUAUAGUGUCGUACGCAACUCCGUCAACUUUGUAAAUAGAGUGAUGAUACCAUUGCUUUUUGAAAAUUAUAAUUACCAAGAAGAAGUAAUUACAAUCAAUCCAGAUGAAAUUGCAACAUUAUCAAAUACAUUGAAGUUAUUAAGACCAAAACAUCGCCAAAUAAAAAACAUUAUCAGUCAGUAUGCUAUAAGAGCACCUAAUUUAGCUUUGAUAGAUUAUGAAUUCGACAACUACUGUGUAGAAAUUAAACCAAAAGAGGGUUUUAUGUCAAAAAAAUUCAUAAAAUAUGCCAAAUGUUACUUUUGCCUCAAACAAUACAUAAAAUUGAAUGAGAAUCAAAUCAGUAAAAUAAGUAAUUACUGUCCAUUGGAUCUAUUUUCUGGUAAUAAAAUAAGAAUAAAGAAGGCUCUAAAGAGCUUGAUAGAAAAUCCACAAAACAAUUUUAAACUUUUUAAAAAUGGCAUGGUUAUUUAUAAUGAACAGUCGAAUGUACAAGUUUUUGAACACUUGAUUGCACAAAUGCCUUUUCUUGAAAAUGUAAAUAAUUUUUUAGAUUUAAUCAUUGAGAUAUUACUCAGUGAAGGCAAUUCGGAUAUUAUUUUACACAAAUCCACCUAUGAUAUGAUCUCAGAAUCUACAUUGGGUUGUGUUGAAGAAAGAAACCCCUACACAAACAGUCUACUUAACAAGUUACUUGGUGUUCAAAAACUAUCCAAGAACUUUGAUAAUUGUUAUCCCGAACCAAGUGAUUCAUAUGAAUAUGUUUCAUUCAUACUAAACAUGUUAAAUGAUGAACAUUUAGAUUUAUCAAAUACAACCGAUAGAGAAAGUUUUUUAAGUCACAUAGACUCGAGUCAUCUUGCCCUUAUAUCGGCUGUAGCUAAAGAUUGCUCGAUCAUGAUCACAUUCACCAAUAAAUCUCAUGAAAAUCUUCCCACCAUAAGAAUUGGGGACGAAACAAUUGCGUACAAGAUGUCAAUAACAGAUUUAGAACCCAAAAUCCAGCCAAACUCGGAAACAAGGUCCAAACAAUUACAAGCAUGGCAAGAACUGAUAUCGGAAUAUAUGAAAGCAACAAAACAAUCUACCAUAGAUGUAAGAGAAUCACAGAACAGUCCGCUAUUUAACAACACAGCUAUCGAUAGGAGGCUGUCUCCGGAGGGAGUUCUGACUGUUUUAGAGGAUAUGGCGAAAUCUGGUAAAGCUGCGCCCAUAGAUAAGAGUAAGAAUGUGUGGGAAGUGUACUGGCAUUCACUGGACGAGUGGGGUAACAUGAUAUAUAACUGGGCGAGCAGUAACGGACUGAACAACACCGUCUGUACAUUGUAUGAGCUCAGAGAAGGCGACAACACUGUUGGUGAAGAGUUCCAUGGACUAGACAUGAACAUUUUGAUAAAAGCACUCAAGGCAUUAUCAAGCAACGGUAAAUGUGAGCUGAUAGAGUUUGAUGACAACCAAGGAGUGAAGUUCUUCUGA